CGGAAGUUUGCAGUGAGGUUGCCUCCAAACACACACACACACAGUGAGAACAGCAGACACUGAGCUGUUGCUUUCUCUCUCAGUUUAAUCUGACAGAAACUCUCUCAGGUUCUUCCUGAAGUCUCGGGCGGGACUCGGACCCAGAUGGCGUCCGCCGGACAACUGCAGCCUGUCGGGCCGGCGGGCCUCCGGGAUAGUCUGUCGAUCCACGGCAGCUCAGAGAAGCUGAACUCCAACGCGGUCAACCGCAUCCUCAUGGAGUGCUUGACGUACUUUGGCAGAGCCGUGCUCCUCUUUUACCCGGUCUACCUCACGGGCUACCUGGGCCUCAGCGUCAGCUGGGUGCUGCUGUGUAUGAUGAUGGUCACCUGGUGGGGCAAGAACCGCCAGUGGAAGGACGCGCGCAUCGGAACCGCGAUCGACUUCGUGGACAACGAGACGCACGUGAUCAACAGGGAACUGCACAGCGCGCUGCAGAUGGCAUCAUGGGUCCACUUCCCUGAUGUUGAGAAAGUUGACUGGGUUAACAAGGUGUUGGACCAGGCCUGGCCUUUCUUUGGGAUGUACAUGGAGAAACUCCUCAAAGAAAAUAUCCAGCCUUCUGUCAGACUCUCCAACGCGGCCCUCAGAAUGUUUACCUUCACUAAGGUCCACUUUGGACACAUACCUCUGAAAAUCACUGGAAUUAAAGCCUACACCGAAGAAGUGGACCAGAGGGAGGUGAUUCUGGACAUGAAUAUAUGUUACGAGGGCGACGUCGACAUCGACGCCUCGGUGAAGCCGCCCGUCACGGCCGGCGUCAAAGGCCUCAAACUCAAAGGAAUGAUCAGGGUCAUUUUGGAGCCUCUCAUUGGUCAAGUGCCGUUAGUGGGAGGAGUCACCUUCUUUUUCAUCCGUCGCCCGACCUUGCAGAUCAACUGGACCGGCAUGACCAACCUCCUGGACAGUCCUGCUUUCAGUUCAUUGUCUGAGGAGACCAUCCUGGACAUCAUCGCCUCGCUCAUGGUGUUGCCUAAUCGCAUGUGCAUCCCGCUCAUAGACCAGGUCAAAGUGGAUCAGAUGAGGUUCCCGCUACCUCGUGGUGUGGUCAGGGUUCACUUACUGGAGGCCAGAGACCUGGUGCCCAAGGAUACGUACAUGAUGGGAUUAGUCAAGGGCAAAUCUGACCCAUAUGCGACACUACGCGUCGGCAACAACCAUUUCAAGAGCAAGAUCGUGAAAGAGAAUCUGAACCCAGUAUGGGAUGAAGUGUUCCAGUUUGUUGUCCACGAGGCCCCGGGGCAAGAGUUGGAGUUGGAGAUAUACGAUGAUGAUACAGAUAAAGACGACUUCAUUGGAAGGUACAACCUUGAUUUUGGAGAAGUAAAGAGGGAGAAAGAAAUGGAUCGGUGGUUUCCUCUGGAAGGGGUCCAGAAUGGAGAAGUUCAUCUCAAGCUCCAGUGGCUUUCCCUGAACACAGAUGUCAGUCUGCUGACUAAGUCUACAGACGGCCUUGCUUGUGCAAUGCUUUCAGUGUAUCUGGACAGUGCUUCGAAUAUACCAAAAGACCACAGUGAGAUCGCUGACCUCCACAAACAUGGGAAGCACGCAAAGGAAGCUCGGCUCACAAGGAGGGUUCCUGAUCCCAACUCCUAUGUGGAACUUUCCAUUGAUAAUGAAGUUCAGAAAAGCAAGGUUGUGUUUGCGUCCAAAGACCCAGCGUGGGAGGAGGGCUUCACCUUCUUUGUGCACGACGUGAAAACACAGCAGCUCAGUCUUCAGGUCAAAGAGCCUGAGAAGAAGACUCCACUUGGGUCGCUAAGCUUGCCCCUCACUCGCCUCCUCAACGCGUCCGACAUGACACUGGACCAGCGCUUCCUGCUGGAGCGCUCUGGAGCAAACAGCCAGCUCAAACUGAAGGCCACUCUCAGGGUUCUUACAGUGGAAAAGCCUCCACCCAAGAUCAUUUUGAAUCCUUCUCCACAAAGCAACAACGGCUCCGCGUUCACUCCCUCCGAAGCAACGUCCUCCUCUCCAGCACUUUCCUCCAACAAUAUUCCCACCACCAAUGACCCAGCAGCUCUUUCCCAGAGAGGCACUGGAGGAGAUCAUUUGACUCACCGCCGUGGGUCUUUUCUGGCCUCUGAAACUAUGCGGUCACAGCCCGCAUCGAAAAGCAUGCGUCGGUACGACUCUCACAGCCUCCUGUCGGAGAACUCCAUCGCUUCCUCGCGUUUUGACCUCUCAGAUGGGGCCUCGUAUCCACUGGCCCUCAGGAAUCACCAGGGUUCUUUUGGGGAGAUCCACCUGACUGUACGCUAUGCCUCUCUGAGAAAAAAACUCAUCGUCCUGGUCAACGCUUGCAGGAACAUAUUCCCCUGCAGUGACAACGGCACAGACUCCUAUGUUCGCCUGUAUUUGCUCCCUGACCAAAGCUGGAGACACCGCAAGAGGACACAUGUCAAAAGGAGGACAGUCAAUCCCGUCUUCAACGACAAGUUUGAGUUUGAUGUGUCACUUGAGGCGGCGCAAACAAGGAAAUUAGAUGUUUCUGUGAAAAACAACAAAAUGUUCCACAUACGAGAGAGGAAAGACAUUGGCAUGGUCGUGGUUGAUCUUUCCCAAAUAGAUCUGGUCAAAGGCACUACUGAAUGGUAUGAACUCUUGCUGCCUGGGCUGAAGAAAUCCAGCUAGAUACCGGAGGAUCAAACUUCUCCUCCCAGCUUGAACGGCAGCUUCUCUGUCACAACAUGGCAAACUGCAGGCCUCAUAAAUAUCCUGAGAAUAUUCCUUAUCUUCACUGAUCAAAUUAUGGUUUGUUUGGUGUUUUUUUUUUUGCAAAUGCAGCAGUGAAACCAACCGCAGAUACUGGACAUGCUAGUCAUUUUGGUCCUACUAAAAGCUGGGGUAGGCAGGAUUGCUGUAAUAGUGAUAAUCCCGUCCCACCAGAUGUGCAGGAACAAAAGCAUUCUUUUCAUACCUGACUGAUGUCUCAAAACAAUCGCACUUGUCCCACCUUUUGUUUUUUGGGUUCCUUUGCAGCGUAGGCAGUUGUCACCGAUGCUGAAAUAAUGACCUGUUCUUCAAGAGAUUUGUAUACAUUAGUAGGAAUGCAUAUUAUCUCAAAAUUGCACUGUGAUUGGUCAGUGGGCUCUUUGCGCAGCAGCCAUUUUGACAUGUUUCAAGAGGAAAAUCACAGAUGUUACUGAUCACAUUAACAACAUCCCUGUUAAUUUUAUAUAAGUCAGAUCAGUGUGCCUGAACCAGUAUUCACCCUGAAACAAUCAAUCAAUAUAUAUGCAUUUAAUUAUUUACAUCAGUGAUUUUCCCAAUGGGACCUGUCAAAAUGGCUGCUCUGCAGAAUAACUCCAGUCACUGGACAUAUUUCUCCAAGGAUGAGUAGAAUCAGCUUCUCUUUUUUUUUUAGAUUAUAUUGUAAGGUUGUUAUAGAAUUUUUCAUUUAAUAACACCAAAAAUAUGUUGUGUACCCCAGAUUUAAGGUUUUACAGGGAAUAAGUGGUUUUAGUGCAAUUUACUUCACUUGUAAUGUUAACAAAACAUUCUGAUUUGAAUACACUCCAUUAGACAGCAGGCAACUACUUAAACACUAGGCUUUAAUUAUUAUUUUUGUAUCUCAGAUUUUGUGAGCACAAAGUGUUUUAUUUGUUCAUAAACUCAACAAUUCUGAAUGGUGAUGCAGUCACUAAGCAAAAACCUAAGAAUGUAGACGACCAUUUGACGUGAAACGGCAGGUAAACACAGGGGUAACUAAUGAUAUGAACAAGUUUUUGGUUAGAUUGAGUAAAGACUCAUUAUUAACACCUGUUAACUUGACUGCUGUGAAAUCAGUAAUAUGUCUCUGUUUUGGCUUUUAAGUGGGACUAAGUAGUUCUUUUUAUAU